UUUCAAACAUCUCCGUAGUAGGCUGCGGUAUGUGUAUCACAACUAAUUUAUUCCAAAUUGCUUUGCAUACUUCAAUAACAAUAAUGGCUACUCGACUUUUGGAAAUCCUGAACGUAAAUGCAAGCUGCCUGAAUCUCAUUCCCGUUAUUAAGUACCUGUAACAAACAAAUAUAACAAUAUCAUGAAAAUACUUUUCACUAGUAGGUUAGGCCUAUUUUUAUUUAUUUUUUUUGUUACAGGCGAGACUGUGAAAGGCAAAUGGAAAAAUUUAAGGGACACGUUUCGCAGGGAAUUGAAGAAAGUCCCUGGUUAUCGGUCCGGAAGUGACGGUGACCAAGCCCCCAAAUACACUGGACAUUGGCCAUAUUUUGAAAGGAUGCUGUUCCUCAGAGGUGUAAUGACGCCAAGGCCUACUGAUUCUAACAUGUCAGUUACUGAUGAAGAGCGAAAUGAAAAUAACAUUGAUACCAUAACCCACGAAUCCGAUCCUGAUGACCCUGGUAAUUCAAUUCAAUCUCAUGUUGAUGAUGUUGAUGUCGGUAGCAAUUCAGAAGUUUCACGGUCCGUUAAAAAUCUAUAUACUAGCAACAAUGACCAGGUACAAACGGCACCUUAUAUAUCUAAAAGACGUAAAUUAACUGGUUCAGAGCAAUUUAAGGCUGAUAUUUUGGCCCUAGAGGCUAAAAAGAUUAACAUGCUCGAAAAAGACAGUGACCAGAAUGAUGACGAUUUAAAUUUCUUCAAGUCAUUGCUGCCACAUAUGAAAACUCUACCAGCAGUAAAUAAAUUAUUUUUCCGCAGUAAAGUUCAGAACAUGCUUGCUGAGGAAAUGAUGAACGCCAACCGGCCCCAUUACGCUACAUUUCCAAAUAUAUUUGUUCGUACUACUCCACAAACGCCAGUAACUACGCCAGAAACUAUUUCUCAUGCUACUACUAGUUCAGGAAGGACGCCAGCAAGUACGCCUGACGUAAUUGUACAUCAAGAUCUUAACACAGACGAGACUCAAUCUCAAUCUAUCUGGCUAUGGAAUUUAAAUUGA